ACGUACCAUUGUUUAAUUUGGACAAACGAGCCACCGGCACCGAAUUUCUGCGAUACUAGUCUACGUGUGUGCUGACACGCUACAUUUGGGCACGCACCCGGAUAUGUCGGGCUGGUUCACCCUCUUCACUAAUUGCCGCUAUGUUCUCAAUGGCGAGCUCGUCGAAGACCACAUUGUCAUUUCUGACGAGACGGGGCUUAUCCUCAAAAGAGAAGGCUACAUUGGUGGCGAGGCAAUCGACUUGGAAGAUGCUAUAAUCGCCCCAGGCUUUCUAGAGCUGCACACGAAUGGUGCCAAUGGCUUCCACUUCACGCAUUUUGAAGACAAAACAAGCUAUGAAAACAAGAUUGACCAUCUGGCGAGGUACUACGCAACACAGGGCGUGACUGGAUUCUGGGCAACGCUACCCACCAUACAGGCUGACGAGUUUCAAAAGAUUCUCCCAUCGCUCACCCCGCGGGAUAUAGCCUCAUCAGCUUCGCUUCUAGGUGCCCAUACAGAAGGGCCCUAUCUACACCCUUCCAAGAAAGGGGCACAUAAUAGCUCUCUCUUUCAACCUUGCGCCGUCCCUCCGGCCAAUGUCUACGGAUCUGCACAUCUUCAGUCUGCUAUCAGACUCGUCACAAUCGCUCCAGAGUUACCCGAUUCCGCAGCCCUCAUCAAAUCACUGACGUCUCAAGGUAUCAGAGUCGCCAUGGGCCAUUCUACUGCGACCUACGAACAAGGCCUAGCCGGACUCAGUGCAGGGGCAAGCGGACUGACUCAUACGCUGAAUGCCAUGCCGAGCUGGGCAUCCAGAGCCCCAGGUCUGGCCGGGUUAGUCUCCCUGUCAGAAACAGCAAAGGUUGCACCUCCAUGGUACACCAUCAUUGCAGAUGGAGAACAUCUCCAUCCCAACACAGUAUCCCUACUUCACCGUUCGAGUUCCAAGCGCUCGAUUGUCAUUACUGACAGUAUUGAGCUUGCUUCUCUCAAGGAUGGAACCUACCCUGGCCACUCACAGAUCCCCUUUGAACAGGUCAAGAGUGGCACACGGGCUACGAUAGCCGGCACCGACACCCUAAUUGGGGGAUGUAUCCCACUCCAGCAAAGUAUGAGAAACCUGAUGGCUUGGUCUGGGUGUGGCAUUGCCGAAGCGGUGGGCACAAUCACUGAGAAUGUGGCGGCCUUUAUGGGCAUAGAUGGGAAAGGUGGGAGGGGCAUACUGCAAGAAGGUAGAAGAGCUGAUUUGACCGUGCUGAGUGAGCAAGGCGAGGUGCUUCAGACGUGGGUGGCUGGACACAAAGUGUGGGAUAGGGAAGAAGCCCUAAGUGCCUACGAAGAGGAUGGCGAGGCGAGGGAUUGAUCUUUUCAUCGUGGGCAUAGCAUAUUGCCUUGGCGCAUGAGGACGAAGCCGAUGGAAAGUAGACAGUACACGCGAGCGGCAGUGCAUUUGACACCUUGUUAAACCACAGCCUCCGCAGAGGUCAUUGACAGUUGGAUGUAUCGCCACAUUCGAGCCGCUAAUUCAGAUAAAAUCCAAAGCAGUAGAUACCGGACGACAGGUUGAUCUCACGCGCAUAUUUCCAAUUCAGUGAAGAU